UUUUAUUUCGUUUAUAAUACUGACAAAAUCGUAAUGUUGUUUAGUGUAAAAAAUUCGCGUGGUUGCUUCAAAAGAGCAAUGCAAGUGUCAAAAAGAAAUUGGUUAUGCUUAAUUCUAAUAUUUUUACUUUAUUUAUCUUUAACAAAUAUCAGUCAAGUUACUUAUAAGAAAAAUGGCUCUUCCGUUUCUUACGAUAAAAGUCUACAUUCAAAUUGGAUGUUUAAAAUAUCCAAAAAUUAUGAUUAUAUAUACUUACGUGAAUGGACCGAGCCAACUAAAGUGAUCGUAUCAGUUUCUUCAGGUCGGGGUGAAAAUGGGACUGCUUUUGUUCCAACGAGUGAUGAAAAACCAAUAAUGGAAAAACGUUUAAAGGAACAACACUACAAUGUAUUAGCAUCGGAAAAAAUGUCGUUACGUCGCUCUUUGCCCGACUAUCGAUUUCCGGAAUGUCGAAGCUUAAUUUAUCCAAAAAAAUUACCAACAGCAACUGUGAUAAUUGUUGUGCACAAUGAGAUAUGGGCCACACUGUUACGCACAGUUUGGAGCAUCAUUGAUCGUUCGCCGCGUGAACUUAUUGAAGAAAUAAUUAUUGUGGAUGAUGCUAGCACUUGGACACAUCUUAAACAGCCUCUUGACGAUUAUGCUAAAACCCUUCCGGCCAAUAUUAAGAUUAUGCGCACAGAAAAUCGAGAAGGAUUAAUAAGAGCGCGAAUAAAGGGUGCCAAUAUGGCGAAAGGAAAUAUUCUCAUUUUUCUUGAUGCCCAUAUUGAAUGUACAGAAGGGUGGCUGCAACCAAUACUCUCCCGGAUUGCUUGGGAUCGUUCGGUUGUGGCAGUACCUCUUAUUGAUGGGAUUAGCACGGAGAAUAUGGGAUACCAGAAAUUUCCACUAGAAAUAAACGGACUUCACUGGUCUUUGAUAUUCGAUUGGAUGCCAGUUCCUGAGAGGGAAAUUAUUCGAACGAAACAUGAUAGAACUGCUCCAUUGCGAACACCAACCCACAUUGGAUGUGCCUUUGCCAUGGAUCGUGAAUUCUUUUUCGAAAUUGGUUCAUACGACGAAGGAAUGGACAUCUGGGGAAGCGAAAACGUUGAAUUAGCUUGGAGGACUUGGAUGUGCGGUGGAUCACUGGAGAUAUUGCCUUGUUCUAGAGUGGCACAUUUAUUUCGAUCGUCAACUUAUUCGUUUGAUGGAAAUGCCGAACAGAUAAAAACGCGGAACAAUAAUCGUCUAAUCGAAGUGUGGAUGGAUGAAUUUAAAAAUCGAAUUUAUGCUGCGUAUCCAAGAACGAAAAGUGUUUCACCAGGUGACUUGACACAACGAAAAAAUCUGAGAAAACAACUGAAUUGCAAAAGUUUUCGCUGGUACCUUGAAAACAUUUAUCCCGAGAGCGCGUGGUUUAAAGAAUUCAUUAAUAUGGGAAGCAUAAAAAAUGUAGCGGAAAAUAAGUGCUUAGAUGCAUACACAAUAAAAAUAUCACAAAAUUUAAUGACAUAUUCAUGUCAUAAUGUUGGUGGAGCGCAAUUCUUUGCAUUUAGCACUUCUGGGCAAAUUAUGACAUUUCGAGACCCAUGUGUUGGGAUUGGCUCUGAUAAGAAAUCAGUUGUUGUGGUUAAAUGCUCUGAAACCGACAAGUCUCAAUUCUGGGACUAUAAGCAAGAGGAAAAAUGGAUAGUGCACAGAGAAAGCAACCUUUGCAUGACGAAACACGAAAACAGGAUUAUAAUUGAUACUUGUAACCCAUUCGAUAAUAAAUUUAAAUGGGAACUUAAGUCAGGUGCAUAAGAAGGUCGUCGUUCAUCGAUAAAAUACAUCUAUAGCGUAAGAGAUAAUUGUCGUUCUUCAUACGAUCACCCACAAUUUUCAAUAAAUUAAAGCAUUUUUUUUUUCAUUUAUCGAGAUAUAAUAUUACUACUAUAGUACAGCCCGACAUAUUUUUAAAUAAUCGUGAGAUUUCAAACUGAAUGAAAGCAUCUGCUAAAGCAAUCGCUUGAAUAUCAACUUACUGAUUUUAUUUUCGAUUCUAAUAGAAUGUCAAAGUAACAGAUUUUGAUAAAUUGUCCAUUGUUGGAUACAUGGCCGUGGUUAAAUUAAAUUGAAUUGAUAGGAAAAAACACGUAGAUUAUAUUCAUUUUUGUUGGACUAAUGGCCUUACGUUCUUUAGUUAUUUACUCUCUCGACGUUUCGAAUACAUUUUUGUAUUCAAUCUUCAGGGAAAUCUAAAUAAUAUAUUACAAAAACUUAAAUAACAAACAAAGUUCCGUUCCAACAUCUUACGUAUAAAGAUUUACCAUUUUGAGACUCUUUAAAAUGGCAUUUUAUCUCAUGGAGAUUGCUUUUCACUUAAAAUAUCGACAAUAAUGUGUGCAAUAGAUAAAUAAACUAUCGACCUGUAGUGAUAAUAAAUUAACUUAAACAACAAAAAUUAAUAAUGCAAUUUAGCCAGCUGAUAUCUGUUGCGUGUCCGUUCUUACGUUGUAUCUGUUUUCGCUUAGAAUAUACAAUGUUUCUUGUGUUAAACGUUUAUGAUAAUUCGGUUCAUUUAUCAACACACUUACAUUAUCAAAAUGCGGUUGAUGAUUUUUCGCUAGUGUGUUUUGACUGCCGUAUUUCCAUAGCUCGUCGAUUUUGUACUUCGUGUGUACGGACUCUAACUUUAAAUGGAUUUUGUGCAUGUUUUCAGCCAACAAAGACAAUGGCAUUUACACCAGAAACGACAACAACUCAUAACAUACACUACAAUAGCCAACAUAAAUUCAACAUUAACACACACACACGAUGCAUGCAAUCGAAUGCUAAUUCUCUCACUUGAUCCAAAUAUACGUAUCGGCACACCACCGACAUUUUUGCAGUAACACGCAAACUCUCUCUUUUCGACAAUUGUAUAAUUUCUUGAUGCGGAGCAUACACGUUUGCGGUCAUCAAAUCGCGGUCAUCAUAGAUCGAUAGUUUAUUUAUCCACUGUACACGUUAUUGUCAAUAGUUUAAGCGAAAAGCAAUUUGGAUUGCGAUCAAAGUAAAUCCCCAUGAGAUAAAAUGUUUUUAAAGCCUUUUUAAGGGCUAUCAGAACACUAAAUCUAUAACACUAUUUGAUACGUAAGAGGUUGGUACGGAAAUCUUAUAGGAACAAUAGCUAUUGCAUCGAAAAAGCAGUUUUUGUAUGCACUUGCUUAGUUAUUAGCGCCAUCUAGUUCUACUGGAAAAAAAUCUAAAUUUCUUUACAUUUCACACACAUUUUAAUGUUUCAUUAUACAGUGAGAACGCCAGUGAUACGUGUUUGACUGUGAAUAAACAAAACUGGUUCGUACUGGAUAUCGUCAUUUUGAAUUUCAAAAUUUGAAACAUAUCGUCACGUAUUGCGUAAAGGAUGAUUACAUCGUUCAAAAGACGUUCAUUCAUGAAAUCGCUAGCUAUAAAUAGAAUUAAUUUAUUUUUGAGAAAUAUAUUAUUACCAAAUAAUUUUUAUUCAGUCAAUAAAUCUGAUUGAGUUCAAA